UUCCUUAUAUUUUUUAUAAACAACAUAUUUAUUAACUAUUACAACAUUAAACUUUUCGUACUUGUUAUAGUAAAAACCUCUACUGAUAAAAUCCAGCAAAAGUUGUGUAAACAACCAAACGGAAGCCUUUCAAAAGAGUACGAAAGUUACUGAUAAGAAUAUUAUUUGACCUCUGCAUUACAAGAUUCCCACAGAGCCGGGCCAAAAGCAUAAAUCUAAGUAUCCAAAAAGCUUUUCACAUGGGCCCUGCAUUCCGAAAACUGUCCCUCCGCCCAGCGGGCAAUGUCCAAUAAAAUCGAUAUAUUCAGAACCAUUUUGAAGCCAUCGACUCGAUGAACUUCUACCAGGCUCCCAUAAAGUACAGAAGUGCUGCCAAUCGUUCGACAACUUCGAUUGGAUCCAAAUCAGCCCCUUCAUCGCUCCGAAAUGGAAACCCACCACGACGGGGGAGUGGGAAGUCCAACAUGGUGGAGCAGUGGAAAGCAACCUUGCAGGGGAAAUGGGAACUCAUCACAAAGGACAGUCACCAUUUUCUGGCAGUCUGGUAACGCCCAAAAUAAAACGGUCAGAUAUAUAUGGGAAGGAUAUAAAAUGAUAAAGAAAUGCAAUACUUUGCUUUGGAGUUUUAUGCCUUUCAACUUAAUAAACAUUUUUAAAUAAAGAGUGUGACCGACUGCUUGGAAUUCAAUAACACGGAAUCGCAAUAACGCCUUAAAGUCAUACAAAUAAGGAAUAAAGAAAAACCAUCAGUAAUUCUGCUUAAAAAAAAUAAAAACAAUCCUAGAUGGAUAGAAUGUGAGAUGGCUUUUAACGACGACUAUGAGCACCCAGAUAGUCUAGAAUAUAUACUCGAAUCUGUUUUGAUGCCAAACGAUGAUAGUUUAGAAUUUAAACAUUUGGCGGAUGAAUACAAUUCUGUUCUUCUUAACCAAUGCUCCUGCCACGGAGACUGCGAAAAAAACGAGAUCUGUCCACAUGGAAGUCAAUACGAAAACCCAACGGAGGGCAGGGAACUGCUUCUUAAGCAAUUCUCAAUUCCCGUCGUCGAAUGCAAUGAUUUUUGCAAGUGCAGUAGAAACACCUGCUCCAAUCGCCUUGUGCAGUAUGGACCAAGGAAAAAUCUGGAAAUAUUUGAUUCUCUCGUAUACGGAUCCAAAGGACUCCGCACCAAAGAAAAAAUUCUACGCGGCGCCUUCAUCUGUGAAUAUGCCGGAGAACUUUUGACCACAUCCGAGGCCACAAGGCGCUUGAAGAUCAAUGAAGAACUUGGCUGGAUGAACUAUGUCCUGGUUCUUAAUGAACACACCAGCGAACAGAAGCAACAGGUGACCAUUGUGGAUCCUUCUAGGCGUGGGAACAUAGGACGCUACCUAAACCAUAGCUGUGAGCCAAACUGUCAAAUAGCUGCUGUACGAAUAGACUGUCCCUUGCCGAAAAUAGGUAUUUUUGCAGGACGAGAUAUUCCGGCCUGGGAGGAGUUGUGCUUUCAUUACGGCGGAGAGGGGCAGUACAAAAAGGUAAAUAACGGAAAGAAUUGCCUCUGCGCUGCUGCAACUUGCACGGGAUUCAUGCCGAACACUGAAAUCGGGGAGUAA